AUGUCUAGUGUCAGCAUAUUCAGCGGAAUGGACGAGAUCCAGGUGAAGCUGAUGGAAGAAGAGUGUAUCCUCGUAGAUAAGGAUGACAACAAAAUUGGUCAUGCUUCAAAAAAGACCUGCCACUUGUUAGAAAAUAUUAACAAGGGAAUGCUUCAUAGAGCCUUCAGUGUUUUUCUGUUCAAUACAAAAGGAGAGUUACUGUUGCAGCAAAGGGCCAGUGAAAAAAUUACUUUUCCAGAUCACUUUACAAACACUUGCUGUAGCCAUCCUCUGAACUUCCCCCAUGAGCUGGAUGAGACUGAUGCUAUCGGAGUGAAGAGAGCUGCUCAGAGAAAGUUGAAGCAUGAGUUGGGAGUGGAGCCUGAACAGGUUCCUCUGGAAGACUUUCAUUACCUCACACGCAUACUCUACAAAGCAGAGAACAUCCCAAAAGACAAUACGUGGGGAGAGCAUGAGAUUGAUUACAUCCUGUUUAUUCAGCGAGAUGUUGAUGUUGUAGUCAAUCCAAAUGAAGUGAAAAGUUACAGAUAUGUAACCCAGCAAGAGCUCAAGGACUUGAUUGACACAGCAGACAGUAAUGGGAUUUUGGUGACUCCAUGGUUCAAACUUAUAGUAGAGAAUUUUCUGUAUCCAUGGUGGAACAAACUGGAUCAUAUAGAGACCCAGGCUGAUAGGGACACUAUCCAUAGAAUGGUUUAA